UAUAAUUCAGAAUGUGAAUUAAAUUAAAUUAAAAUUAAUAGAGAGAGCUUUUUAUUUCUCUCUGUGAAAUUUAAAAAAGAUGACUGGUGCUAGUAAAAAGAUAGAAGAAGUAGCGCCGUUUACGGUGAUGGUGUUAAUGGAAGGUUGCACCAUAGCUCUUACUAUUCUGGCGAAGACGGCGAUGAGUAACGGAAUGAGUCCGUUUGUUUUUGUUGUAUAUACAAAUGCUAUUUCCACUCUUCUUCUUCUUCCUUAUUCCUUCUUAUUUCAUAGGGAAAGGACAGAAUAUUCUUUUUUCAGCUUGCCUCUCAUACUGCGGUUCUUCUUCUUGGGUUUAAUAGGGAUUGCCCUGUCCCAAAAUCUUGCAUUUUUGGGUCUAAGCUAUAGUUCUCCAUAUGUCGUGUGUACAAUGGGCCUCCUAAUUCCUGCCUUUUCCUUCAUUCUUAGCGUCAUUCUCAGGAUGACAAAGAUAGAACUAAGCAGCCCAAGCUUCAGAUUCAAAGUCACCGGUGCGUUAAUAACGAUCACCGGAGCAUUAAUAGUAGCAUUUUACAAGGGCCCAUUUGUAAAAAACGCUUCAUCUUCAACCCUAAAACUGCACCGAAAACAGCACCUUUUAGUUUUUUAUUCAACACCAGAUCACUGGGUUCUUGGCGGGUUUUUACUGGCUGGUUCUUCUUUAUGUGUUUCAGUAUGGAACCUUAUUCAGAUGGGUACUAUGAAACAAUAUCCUCAACUUCAAGUUAUGAAAGUAGCGGCUUUUUAUAGUUUAGCUGGAACAAUUCAAACCACGAUCUUCUGUUUGUUUAUGGAGAGGGAUUUAGAUGCUUGGAAAUUGCAGAUUAAUUUGGAGCUACUUCUUAUUGUUAUAACGGCAAUGUUUGCAAGUGUGGUUCGAGGAAGUAUACACGUAUUGUUUACACGGAUGAAGGGUCGUUUUUAUGUGCCGUUGUUCCAGCCAUUUAGAAUAUUUUGGGCUACAUUUUUUGGUGUCACCUUCUUUGCUAAUAGCCUUCACUAUGGCAGUAUCAUCGGAACGGUGAUAUGUGGGGUGGGAUAUUAUACAAUAAUGUGGGGACAAGCCAGAGAAGACGAAAGUUACAAGCCCCGUUCCGCCAUUAUUUCCGUUGAGAAACUCCCUCUUCUGCAAGAUCAAGACACAGCAGAAGCGUAGCUAUCUAUAUUAAGGUUAAUCACAAAUUAAAUUAUGUAUUUUAACGUAUGUUUAAUUGAAACACGAAUUUUAAAUUUUGACGGUAUUAGAUAUGAAUAAUUAUUGUUUUUCCAUUCGGAACACCAAAUAAUUUUUAGAUAAAAUAACAUUACUUGGUGUUUCGGAUUGUAAAAAAUUGAUCAUUCAUGUUUGAAAUUAUCAAAAUUUAAAACUCGUGUUUUAAUUAUAAAAUAUGUUAAAUUUAUAAUUUAUUUUGUAAUUGACCCUGAAAUUUAUAUUGUACAUAAAGGAGUGAGAGUUUGAAGAACCUCGAAUAACCAGAAGUUGGAGACGAGGUUCCUCAAUUUUUGCAUGCAGACAGCAGCCAUGUUUGAACAAAUGUAUAUAUUCUCUUGGUGUGAAUAAAUUAAUUAAGAUGUAAAGUUGCAAAGGGUUGUUGUAAAAUUUGCAUUUGAAAAUAUUAUCGUUUUCUAAUGCAAUCAUCUUUCUUUUA